AUGUUCUCUUUGAAGCUCCUUGUGUCCCUCGCGGUCGCCGCCGGCGCCCUCGCCGCUCCCGCGGACCAGAUUGCGUCCCUCAAGAGCGCGCCUACGCAGAACGACCGCAUCAAGAUCUUGGACAAAGACUCGGACUUCGUCUUCAACUUCUUCAACACGACACCGGCUAAAUCUGCGGGUGGUACCGCCCUCAACGCAAACGUCGCCAACUUCCCCGCGCUUGUCGGCAACGGCCUGGCCAUGACCCUCGGAUUCCUCGAGCCGUGCGGCAUGAACACGCCGCACACGCACCCCCGCGCCACGGAGAUGCUCUACGUCGUCAACGGCACGCUCACCACCGGCAUGAUCGCGGAGAACGGCGCGCGCUUCGUCUUCAACAAGAUCAAUACCGGCAGCGCGCAGGUAUUCCUCCAGGGCUCGAUCCACUACCAGCAGAACGAGCUUUGCGACCCGGUCAUGUUCGUCGCGGCCCUCAACAACGAGGACCCUGGUGUCGAGUCCAUCGCGCAGCGCUACUUCGGUCUCCCUCCGGACGUCGUCGCCGCUUCUCUUGGCGACCUCGGCGUCGAGAAUGUCGUGUGGAUCGAGAGCCAGAUCCCAGACAACUUCGCGCUCGGCCGCCAGGAGUGCCUUGACCGGUGCGGGAUCAAGCGCAAGGGCCAGACCUCGAACCAGCGUCAGCCCCGUGUGUCCGGCAACGCCCUCCCCGACCACAUGGCGUCCAUGACGUCGACCUGGCAGGCGAGCACGACCAAGGCGUACUAG